AUGAGUUAUUACUUUGCCAUCGUUGGCACUCAGGACAACCCGCUAUUUGAACAUGAGUUCGGCACCUCGAAACAGGGCGGCGAUGGCCAGUCGCGCUUCAGUGAUCAAGUCCGUCAUUUGAACCAGUUUAUCCUACAUUCAAGUCUUGAUAUCGCAGAGGAAGUGCAGUGGUCGCAUGGACAAAUGUACCUAAAAUGUAUCGACAAAUUCUUCAACAAUUACAUCUCAUGCUUCGUCACUGCCGGCAACGUCAAAUUCCUCCUCCUUCAUCAACCCAUCGUCCCGACUGGCACAUCAUCGCGAUCGUCAACCGCUAUCGGCGCCAACCCUACCAGCCAAGCGACAGAAGAGGCUAUUAAGCUGUUCUUUACAGAGGUGUAUGAGAAUUGGGUCAAGGCGAUCAUGAGUCCUUUCUACCGCGCAAACAUGGAAGUACGCAGUCCUAUCUUCAGGACACGGGUGGCAGCAGCAGGGAGAAAAUACCUUUAG